CCCGCCGCUGCCUCGGGCGCUCCGGGACCGGGCAGCGGGAGGAGGAGCGGGGAAAGCACGGGGGCCUCCUCAUCCGCUUCCUUCUCGUCCGCGUGCGGCGGCGGCAGGCGCAGCAUCCUGGAGAGCGGGAGGCCGGGAACAAAGGCUCCGCGCCAACCCCGGCGGCUCCACCUGCCCUGCCCAGCGGAGAUGGCGUCCCUCGGCUUAGGGGGGCUCAACGUCUCCGCCCGGAGAAAGAGCGUCCCGUCCCGCAACGCCGCGGUGGAGAGGCGGAACUUGAUCACGGUGUGCAGGUUUUCAGUCAAGACUCUGAUUGACCGUUCCUGUUUUGAAACUAUCGAUGAUACUUCCCCUGAAUUUAAUAAUUUUGCGGCUAUUCUGGAGCAGAUUCUAAGUCAUCGACUGAAAGGUCAGAUCACCUGGUUCGGCUAUGAAAGUCCUCGUAGUUUCUGGGACUACAUUCGCGUAGCUUGCCGCAAAGUCUCUCACAAUUGCAUCUGCAGUAUUGAGAACAUGGAGAAUGUCGGUUCUUCUAGAGCUAAGGGUCGAGCAUGGAUAAGAGUAGCACUUAUGGAAAAACAUUUGUCUGAAUACAUUUCCACAGCUCUGAGAGACUUCAAAACAACCAGGAGGUUUUAUGAAGAUGGAGCAAUUGUUCUUGGUGAAGAAGCAAAUAUGCUUGCUGGUAUGCUGUUGGGACUGAAUGCAAUUGAUUUCAGUUUUUGUCUGAAGGGUGAGGGAUUGGAUGGAAGCUAUCCAGCUGUCAUAGACUAUACACCGUACUUGAAGUUCACCCAAAGUUCUGACAGUAUCAGCAGCGAUGAAGAAGAGCUAAGAACGCUGGGCAGUAGUGGCAGUGAAGGCAGCACUCCAGAGAACAUUGGUCCUCCUUUCAUCACAGAUGAAAACAGUUGGUACAACAAAUGCAAAAGGGUAGAACAGAAGUACCGGCUUGCAUUGGAACAGAAGGGUUAUCUCGAAGAAUUGGUGCGACUCAGAGAAAACCAGCUGUCUGAAUCUGUCUCACAGAAUAAACUGCUCUUACAAAGAAUUGAAGAUAUGGAUCUAGCCCAUAAAAUGGAGAAGGAGCAGCUGGAAUAUAUAAUUGUGGAACUGCAAGACCAGUUAACUGUGCUAAAGAAUAAUGACUUGAGAUCAAGACAGGAAUUAACUACUCACCUCACCAAUCAGUGGCCUUCCCCAGGAGCUCUGGAUGUCAAUGCUGUUGCCUUGGACACUCUACUCUAUAGAAAGCACAAUCAACAAUGGGAUGAGAAAAGUUUUCAAAGUCUGGACCAGCUUUCAGCAGAAGUUAGUCUUUCUCAAUCCUCUCUGGAUCCAGGUCACUCACAGGAUGGGAAACAAGAUGGAAUUAACUUGUUAAAUGAAGGAAAGGAAGACACGCCGUCAUUGCUUGGUCUUUGUGGUUCUCUUACAUCAGUAGCAAGCUACAAGUCUCUCACAAGCCUGAAAUCAAGUGAAUACCUUGCGAGUCCCACAACAGAGAUGACAAGUCCAGGCUUAACACCAUCUUGAGAUGCACAAAAGAAGGAAGAGCUUUGUGCUGUAUGCGUUUUGUUUCUGUUCCAUAAGAUGACUUGCAGUGAAGACUACUAGUUCUGAGUUAAAAAAUAAGCUGCUUUAUUUUUUCUUUUCAGGGAUUCCUUUAUAAUUCACAAAUUUGGUCAGUUUUCAUUUGCGUUUUCUUUCCCCCAGAGGACUUUUCAGAUAUUCUAUUUUAGUCUGGAAUUAUUUAAAUCUCUUGGUCAGGUAUAAUGAAUGUAUAAUGUGAUGUUUAUGACUGGUUUUUAAAAUGAAACAGUGGGAAAUCAGACCCAUACUUAAAUGCUAUCAGCUUUGUUUCUCCUUGCACUAGCCUGGACCGGCUCUAGCCACUGUACACUGCAGUGCUCUAAGUAUUUAUCAACUCCUGCAGAACAGACAGGGAAUCCUGAACACCAGUCUUUGUAGGCAAAUAAAUACCUAAAAAUCCAGCUUUUUGUAUGUGUAUGUUGCGUAGGACCUCAAAUAGCAUAUUUAACCUAUCAACAGCUUUUCUCAAGCUGACUCAGUGUUAGGUUUUGCAUUCCUGUUAAUACCAUGACACUUAGGAGAUGUCCCAGUCACACUGAAACACAAACUCUUGAAUUUGCAUGUGAAUAACAAAUGUAACUCGAUCAUAUAAAUCAAGCAUACAUAGUGAUUUGUAAAUGGUGAGCAAACUCACUAGAUGCUUUUAAGUGGCCUGGGUUACAGAUAAUCUAACAUUAUACAAAAAGUUUCUUGCUGAAAAGAUGGGGGUUAUGGAUGAUGGGGGUAAGCAUCUUGCGAAGUUUGGAUUCUGUGUUUAUUGGCAAGAUCCCAAGUAAAAAAGGGGAAACAAUAUAAUGACUGUGUGUGUUAAAAGACUUUUCUCAUCCCUGUAGUAGUGCAGUAGGUACUUUUCUUGCUUAGGUAAUACAGCAGAACUUCUUUAAGUCAGUUUUCUCAAAUUAUUUGCCAUCAAUUUAAAUUACUGAUAGAAGAAAAAAAAGGGAGACUUUUUUUAAAUGUAACUAACUUUCCAGAUUACCCUACAGUUUCAAAGUUUGCAAAAUAAUUUUUGAAUUGCGAACUAUAUUCUUAAUUCUUUGUAAGAUACAACGGAUCCUUUAUCUAUGAAUUUUGCUAAUCAAGGGAAUGCUUAUCAGUAUAAUUAGUAACUUUUUAAACAAAGGUGGAAUGCAUGUAAGUAUGUUGUAUUUAUAAGUGCUAGGGAAAAUGCUUUUUUGUGCCAAAGAAGUUUCAUAAAUUGUUUACAUGAGUAGCUGCAAUACAAGACAGAUUUUUAAUUAUUGCUUACUCCUAGGUGUUUACAGUAUGUCACUACACUCUGUACAGGUUUAGUUGAUUUGCCUCUUGU